AUGCUGUCUAGGGUCUUCUUGUGCCUCGUCGCGGGCCUCGUAUUGGCCAAUGGCUCCGUCCUAGAACAUCAACGGCCGAUUGCGGUGACCGACGUUGAUAAUGACAUUGAUGCCGACGCUGCGCCGUCUUACCGCGCAGACCUCCUUGCCCUGCACAAGGCACUAGUCGAGAUUCCUUCCGUCACCGGCAACGAGGCCGCCGUGGCGGAGUAUCUAGUGGACUAUUUCACUUACCACGACUGGAGCGCCAAGCUUGAGGCUGUCCCCGGCAAGAGCGACAAGACCGGAGCCGACCGCUUCAAUGUGCUAGCAUGGCCGCCUUCAGAGAAGGACUCGAAGCCCAAGGUUCUCGUCACGUCUCAUAUCGAUGUUGUGCCGCCACAUAUCCCGUACUCCAUCUCUGACGAGAAGCCCACCAGAGCCACGGUUAUCAAAGGGCGCGGCAGCGUGGAUGCCAAGGGCAGCGUUGCCGCCCAGAUCACAGCGGUAGAGGAGCUGCUCAGUUCCGAGGACAUCGAGCCCGAGGAGCUUAUGCUGCUCUUCGUUGUUGACGAAGAAAAGGGCGGUGCCGGCAUGCGAUAUUUCUCUGACACCCUUCAGAGACUCGACCCGCCGCGAUCCUUUGAAGCAGUCAUCUUCGGGGAGCCCACCGAGCUCAAGCUGGCUUGUGGACACAAAGGUGGUCUGGUGUGUUUUGCCGAAGCUCACGGCAAGGCGGGACACUCCGGCUACCCGUGGCUGGGUAAAAGCGCUACGGAGCUUCUUAUGCGAGGUCUGGUCCGCAUCCUGGAUACGGAUUUGGGAAGCAGUGAGGACUGGGGCAACAGCACUAUUAAUGUUGGCCUUAUCGAGGGUGGCGUUGCUGGAAAUGUGAUCCCCGAGCGGGCGACUGCCACACUAAUGGGUAGAAUAGCCCUCACGGCUGAGCAGGGUGGCCAUGAGGCCAUCGUCAAGAAGAUGGAGGAGGUGAUCAAGUCCGUGGACGACGAAGACCUGAUCUUGGACUGUCCCGCUGGAAGCCCGGUGGUCAAAUGUGAUUGUGAUGUCGGUGGUAAGCCUCUCGUCGCGUUCUUUAGAUGUAUCUCAUACCGGUGGCAAAUGCUAACACUUGGCCUUGCUCUAGGCUUUGAGACCAUCGUGGCCAAUUACGGGACAGAUAUACCUAACUUGAAGGGUAACCAUACGCGGUAUUUAUACGGACCGGGCACGAUCCUAGUCGCGCACUCUGACCAUGAGGCUUUGACAGUGGGUGACCUUGAAGACGCAGUGGAAGGAUUCAAGAAGCUCAUCACCCAUGCACUCAAGGGGUAA